UUUCGUGCACGUUUGAAAAGAGAAUAUUAUGACACUGAAGAAAAUGAUGACGACAGACUGAAAGAAGAUAAUAGGCCCCCAAGUGUUGACGAAAAAGACUGGGAGUGGCUUGUAUCAUACUUUGGCACUCCAGACUUUCAGAAAAAGAGUCGCAGAAACAUUGAGAAUAGGUCAUACCUUGAUGCCGGACAUACGGCAGGAACAAAAAGUUUUGCACAAAAAGCACAAGAUAUGUUUGAACGUGACAAGGUAAUGCCAGGAUUAUUGGAAUUGUACGAGGAGACUCAUACUAGAAGCGACAAAACACCUGUAACUCAAUCGGCACAGGACACCAUGAAUGAAAUUAAGCAGCUAGUUGAGCAACGAAACAAUUUGGAAACAAAAAUGACUGAUGAAGAAAUCUAUGCAACAAUUAAGCCAAAACGCAAGCCAAGUGCACGUGAUCGACAAAAAGGGAUAAGUCCCUCAGUGACAUCAUUAUUUGGGUCAUUUAGUGAAGGAGAAAAGUUUCGCAAAGAGGCUGAAGCAUCCAAAAAUGAAGCUAGUGAGGCAAAGAAGGAAGCAAACGAGGUAAAGGAGAAGAACGAAGCUCUAAGUAAUACAGUGAGAGGCCUCGAAAAGAAAUCUAGACUUAUGGAACGCGCCCUAGAAGCCUUCAUGAAUUUGGCUGGAUACAACAUGUCCGACUCAAUAUGGAUGCGCUGCUAUGCUGUUAUUGUUCUGCUUCUGCUGGUCUGCUGUUCUUGUUCUGCUGCUGUUCAAGUUGAAGUUAAUAUACUGGAGUAUGGUUCAAGUUCAAGUUCUGCUGUUAUGCUUCUAUUCUGA